CAUUUUCCCGCUCAUGACUGGGACACUUUUGUAAAUGCGAUACCCAUUCUAUUAUUCCGAAUAAACUCUCGCAGUCUUGUGUAUUCUAUCACUCAGGCGGAGACUCCAACAUCUAUGAACACACUCGCAGAGUGAACCUGGACUCUCAAGUAGAGCUUUGUUAAUUUCGAACGAUUUCACAUUUAUCCCACAUCAACACCAAACGAGGGAAAUUCCCUAGAAGACAUUAAUCAUUUUUCAGCGCUUACAAUUGAACAGGAUAAUCAUUGCCGAAAGCCGGCAACCAGGCGAUGGCAGACAUUCGCAAUCUGGAAAUUGCAGAGCCGAAGGGUCCACUACAAACAGCGAUAGAAGCGUCGAUUGGGGAUACCAUCGUUGUUCCAGUAGCAGGUAUCAUUAUCAUUAGGUAGGUAGCCUUGAUUCCGGCGGUUAAGAGGGUGCCAGAAUUCCAUAGGUUGUUCUAAGAUGUCGUUGGAUUUCUAGAGAGACGGAGGAGAUUCUCUCUCUUCAUUUUUUAUAGCCAGUAGCUUUGUUACUCCGUAUCAGAAUUUUGACCCUGCCUGAUUGUUACUAAUAAGGGAAAUUCCUCCGACAAGGGUGUGCUGUUGCCAUGUGUGGAUUGUUCCUAACCAGGGAAAUUCCUCCGAACCCUACCUCAUUGAAGAAGAGAAGCAAAAAAGUUACAAUAUCAGGCACAUCACAGUGGCUAAAAUGAGAGGAGAAAACAGAAAUACGGCACAACUCUCCCUUUCAGUGAAUUGCACAUUGAGGACACGGUGUUGUUCAAAUUAAAUUCUGAAGCUAUUGAACAAGGAUAGAGAUACUCUUGGUUGCAAGAAUGGAGCCCGGGAAAAAGCCAGGGAAACUUCUUUCUUCUGCAAACAGUAUUCUUUACAUGGAUCUUAAGGAUAUCAUCAGAGAACAUGCCCUGCCUUUCCUUCCAGCUAUAUCACUACUCAGAUUCCGGGCGGUUUGUCGAGACUGGAAGCUCCAUAUUUCGGCGCCAUUUUUUCACCAUACUCAGUCACUCUGUUGCCGUGCAAUAUCAGGUCUAUUCUGUCAGACUCCUGAAAAUCCUCCUGUCUUCAUACCUAUCCACCUAAACUGUUCGGGUGUUCCAGACCCAUCCCUGAGUUUUCUGCCGGAGCCUGUUGACCUUAAGGCCUCAUCAAAUGGACUUCUUUGUUGCCAAGGACGAAGCGGAAAUAAGCCCUACUACAUGUGCAAUCCAGCUACAAAACAAUGGCACAAACUUCCAGAACCAACUGCUUGUCAUGGACCUGAUUCAGCACUUGUAGUUGCAUUUGAACCAUCACUGCUCAACUUUGUACCUGAGUACAAGCUCAUCUGUGCCUUCCGAUCUGCAGAUUUUGAUGAUGCAGCCGAGUUUGAAAUAUACACCUCCAGAAACAACUCGUGGAGUGUUUCUGGGGAGAUUCGUUUUGGAGUUAAACGAUUUACCCCUAGGUCUGGGAUUCAUGUCAAUGGGGUUGUUUACUGGAACAUGGCUGGUGGUGGCAUUCUUUCUUUUGAUCUAGCAAAAGACAGGUCACAACUUCUUGAAAAGCAUUAUUACAGUAAUGACUGUGCUCUGGGAACAUUUGAUGGAAAGCUAUGUAAGACUUCUCUCCGUGGACUUUCGGUGUGUAUUAGUGCUUUGGUUAAUGUGCACACAAAUACCAUGGAAAUGAAUUCCAUAACAAAAAUGUGGGAGCCUGUACAGAAUGUUUCUCUCCAAAGCAAUGUGCUUGAUGGGGAUCAUAACCGCUGCAAAAUUGAAAUUCUAAGCAGUGAUGUUCUGGUCAUUAAGUGUGGGAGAAAGUUGUAUUCCUAUGAUUUCAAGUCCAAAGAAACUAAAGCUCUGAACCAGCCAGGUGCAGAAACAUAUGAUGCUACUAUAUGUGUGCCAUACGUGAAUAGCCUCGCGUCACUUUGAUCCUUCUUGAAGUUAAUACCAAUGUAGUUUCCUGUGACUGAAGGUGCUGGUUUGAAUAUAACAUUCAUAAGUCGAGACUCGUGUAAUGUUCUUCUAUCCAUGUGCUAUUUCUUACUUAUCCGGUAUGUGUUGCAUAGUCUGUUAGCUUUUGAUCCCGUGAAAGGCUUUUUAUGCCCAUCUCAUACUGCUUGUUAAAAGUUGUCGGUUUUGCUGACAGCUUUUUAGGUAUUGUUUCUGUAGGGUAGUCAAUUAAGUUUGAAUGCUUCUUGUGUAUUACGAAAUAGUACUUUUCUACCGCUUGUUUUGGUCAUUUGGUGCCUCAUUUUUUAUACUGUGUCAUCUGCCAACGUUGCUUUUUUUUUUUUUUAA